GCACAUGUUGUCAUCUCCAAUCUGUUCUGACACAAUGCUUGAUGAAACUCAUCCAAUAUGGCGUAAACUUGAUGCCUGCUAGUGCAAGCAAAGCAAUCAACUUUAUCUCUCUCUAACCCCCCCCUCUCUCUCUCUCUCUCUCUCUUGGUAUUCGCAACAUGUAAAAGCUCAUGUUUAGUGCUUCACUAGCCAAAAAAUCACCCUGCAAAUUUUAUUCUCUCUCUCUAACUGUUUUAAGUGUUGUCUAUAGUGAUGGCUUAAGGGAGGAGUUAUGUUAGUAAACCAUGUCCAAUAAUAUCUUUUCUUAAUGUCAGAAGCACCCCUUUUCAUUGUUCUUGACCUUCACCUUUCCCUAGUUCUAUUCAUUUCAAUGUUUGCUUCUAUUAAUCUUUAGGUUUGUAUGUAACCCUCUUUUGAAUCCCUGAAAACUUUCCAACUUUGAUUUAAUCUGAUGGAGUUUAUGUUCAGAAUAUUGCUUCCUUCAUGGAGUUUCGAGUGAACUAUAUAUCAGAGGUUGAGAGAUCAAGGGUAGAAAUGGAAGUUGAUGAAGGAGGAGAGAUGGCUCUCCCUAUUAACAGUGCAUAUGGGCUUGGGCAUGGGCACAUAACUAAUCAUGAGUCUUCACAACACAAUCACAUUGUCCCAUCUUCAGCAGCAGAAACAGUAGAGCCUGUACAGCAACAGCACCACCAACAGUUACCAUUCACCAAUGGGACCACCCUGACAGUACCACCACCCACUUCAUCCAUGGAAGAAAGUGUUGUAGUAGCCUACACAAACAACAACAGGAUGACGGUGAGGUAUAGAGAGUGCCUGAAGAACCAUGCAGCCGCCAUUGGAGGGAAUGCAACAGAUGGGUGUGGUGAGUUCAUGCCCUCAGGUGAGGAGGGUACUCUUGAAGCUCUCACCUGUUCAGCCUGCAACUGCCACAGAAACUUCCACAGGAAAGAAGUUGAAGGUGAAGCCCACCACCACCACCAACACAAUCAUCAACUCUCCUGUGACUACAAUUACCACUCUGCCCCCUCACAUCUUAACAGAUUUGGGCUUGGAAAUGGUAGAAAUGUUAUCUUGCAAGGUCACCACAAUAGGGGUAUUCUCGGAACAGAAUCUUUUGGGUACAACCACAAUAAUGCUGCUGGGGUCCUUGUACCUUCAAGAGCACCAGCACCAAUGAUAAUGUCUUACAAUAUGGGUCUGGGGUCUUUGCAAUCAGAAUCUGAUGAGCAAGAGGAUGGUGGUGGUCAUGGUCAUGGAUUUCUGAGUAGGCAUCCACACCCACAAGCACAUCAGGUGGUGAAGAAGAGGUUCAGGACCAAGUUCACCCAAGAACAAAAAGAUAAGAUGCUAAAUUUUGCAGAGAAAGUUGGGUGGAAGAUUCAAAAGCAAGAGGAGUCUCUGGUACAACAAUUCUGUCAAGAACUAGGGAUCAAAAGAAGAGUCCUCAAGGUCUGGAUGCACAACAAUAAGCACAACCUAGCCAGAAACAUCAACUCUAUCCCCACUAAUCCUCCAAGCCAACUUAUUUAGGGAAUGCAUCCUACAACAUAUAUACUCGAUCUCUAAUGAUUUGCAUCAACUAUUCUACCUCUUUGUUUUAGUAUUAUGUUUGUAACCACUAUUUAUAGUUGAGAAAUCCAUACAUAAACAUGGUAGUUUAGCAUUGUUGCUAGGGAACUACCCUUAAUGCUUCAUUAUUAUCAUCAUGCAUGUUAGUUAACCUUGUUGAAUUGGGUGUAAUUUGCAGACAUAUAAUAUCUGAUUUUCAUGUCUAAACAAAGUAUAAAUAAUUGCGUGUCA